GAAGGCGCCGCCGCCGCCAGCAGCACCGGCAUGCCCUGCUCCAGCGCGCUCGGUCGCCGGCAGGCUCGCCACCUUUAACCCUUCCGCCGCUGCCUCUGACACCUUCGCAGGCGCGCCGCCGCUGCCGGUCCAGAGGGAGCUGGACUCCCGCGCGCGGAGGACCCGCCGCGCAUUGCUCGCGCCCCUCGGAGGGGGUGGUCACUGUCCUGGCCCCUCUUCCCUUUUCUGUGCCCGUUGCGUGGUGUCCUGCCGGCGAGGAGCCGCGAGCGUUGAAGGGAGGAGCAGAGGAGGAGGAGAAAGGGGCUUGCUCUCCCCUCCCUCGACACCAGCGCCUGAGCCGAGGAGUGCAACAGAGGCAAGGUGGAGGAGCGCUUUUCCUUCCCGCCCCAAGCGAAGGACGGACGGCUUCGUACGGUUGUGCAGCGGAGGCAGCCUUGUGCUUUUUAGCUCGGUCCGUCUCCAUCGUCUGCUAAGCCCCCUUAAACAUGGCGAGUGAUUCUCCAGCACGGAGCCUGGACGAGAUCGAUCUAUCAGCCUUGAGGGAUCCUGCUGGUAUCUUUGAAUUGGUUGAGCUUGUCGGCAAUGGAACCUAUGGACAGGUCUAUAAGGGCCGUCAUGUUAAAACAGGCCAGCUUGCAGCUAUUAAAGUCAUGGACGUCACCGGGGAUGAAGAGGAGGAGAUUAAGCAAGAAAUUAACAUGCUAAAGAAAUAUUCUCAUCACCGAAAUAUUGCAACUUAUUAUGGUGCUUUCAUUAAAAAGAACCCCCCAGGAAUGGAUGAUCAGCUCUGGCUGGUGAUGGAGUUUUGUGGCGCUGGCUCUGUCACGGAUCUGAUCAAGAACACAAAAGGGAACACUUUGAAGGAAGAGUGGAUUGCCUACAUCUGCAGGGAGAUUUUACGGGGUUUAAGUCAUCUCCACCAGCACAAAGUAAUCCAUCGUGAUAUUAAGGGACAGAAUGUUUUGCUGACAGAAAAUGCAGAAGUUAAACUAGUGGAUUUUGGAGUCAGUGCUCAGCUUGACAGAACAGUUGGGCGAAGAAAUACAUUCAUUGGAACACCAUACUGGAUGGCCCCGGAGGUUAUUGCUUGUGAUGAAAACCCUGAUGCCACUUAUGACUUCAAGAGCGAUUUGUGGUCUUUAGGGAUAACAGCCAUCGAGAUGGCAGAAGGAGCUCCUCCCCUUUGCGACAUGCAUCCCAUGAGAGCUCUGUUCCUCAUUCCUCGGAACCCAGCCCCCAGGUUGAAAUCAAAGAAAUGGUCAAAAAAGUUCCAGUCCUUCAUUGAAAGCUGUCUAGUCAAGAAUCAUGGCCAGAGACCAACCACCGAGCAGCUGAUGAAACAUCCAUUCAUACGAGACCAGCCUAAUGAGAGGCAGGUUCGCAUCCAGCUCAAGGACCAUAUUGACCGGACCAAGAAAAAACGUGGAGAGAAAGAUGAGACUGAAUACGAGUACAGUGGAAGUGAGGAGGAAGAGGAAGAAAAUGACUCUGGGGAACCCAGCUCCAUCCUAAACCUGCCUGGAGAGUCAACAUUGAGACGGGAUUUUCUGAGACUCCAGCUUGCAAACAAGGAACGUUCAGAGGCCCUCCGUCGGCAGCAGCUGGAGCAGCAGCAGCGUGAGAAUGAGGAACACAAGCGUCAGUUGUUGGCAGAGCGGCAAAAGAGAAUAGAGGAGCAGAAAGAACAGAGGCGGAGGCUGGAAGAGCAGCAAAGGAGGGAGAAGGAGUUAAGGAAGCAGCAAGAGAGAGAGCAGCGGCGGCAUUAUGAGGAGCAAAUGCGCCGAGAAGAGGAGAGAAGGCGUGCUGAGCAUGAGCAGGAGUACAUCAGGCGACAGUUAGAAGAAGAACAGAGGCAGUUAGAGAUCCUGCAGCAGCAAUUAUUGCAGGAGCAAGCGCUACUUCUGGAAUAUAAGCGCAAGCAGCUAGAAGAGCAACGGCAAGCAGAGAGGCUGCAGCGGCAGUUGCAACAGGAAAGGGACUACCUGGUCUCCCUACAGCAGCAGCAGCAGCAGCAGAGACAAGAGCAACGGCCAGCCGAGAAGAAGCCGCUUUAUCAUUACAAGGAGGGGAUGAAUGCCAGUGAGAAGCCAGCUUGGGCAAAAGAGGUUGAGGAACGUUCCAGGCUCAACCGACAAAGUUCUCCAGCCAUGCCUCACAAAGUGGCCAACAGGAUAUCUGAUCCAAAUUUGCCUCCUCGCUCAGAGUCCUUUAGUAUUAGUGGGGUACAGCCUGCUCGGACCCCACCAAUGCUCAGACCAGUGGAUCCACAGAUUCCACAUCUGGUCAGUGUGAAAUCCCAAGGACCUUCCUUGCCUGCCUCUCAGUCACUGCAUGAACAACCCACAAAGGGAAUGGCUGGGUUUCAGGAGGCUCUGACGGUGACCUCUCACCGCACUGAGAUGCCAAGGCAGAACUCGGACCCCACCUCUGAAAACCCUCCUCUCCCCCCUCGUGUUGAAAAGUUUGACCGAAGUUCUUGGUUACGACAGGAGGAAGACAUUCCGCCAAAGGUGCCUCAAAGAACUACUUCCAUCUCACCAGCAUUAGCUCGGAAGAACUCUCCUGGAAAUGGGAACGCGCUUGGCCCUCGAUUAGGAUCACAUCCAAUAAGAGCAAGUAACCCUGACCUGCGGAGAACAGAGCCCAUAAUAGAAAAUCCUUUACAGAGGACAAGCAGUGGCAGCUCUUCCAGCUCAAGCACCCCCAGCUCACAGCCCAGUUCCCAGGCAGGCUCACAACCCGGAUCCCAAGCUGGUUCUAGUGAACGUAAUCGAGCCAGAGGAAAUGCCAAGCCUGAAGGAUCCCCCAUCCUCUCCCAUGAGCCAGCUAAGAUAAAGCAAGAAGAGAGCAAGGACAUGACUCGACCAAGCAGACCUGCUGAUCUGACUGCCUUAGCGAAAGAACUGAGGGAGCUGCGCAUUGAAGAAACUAACCGACCUUUGAAGAAAGUUACUGAUUAUUCCUCUUCCAGUGAAGAAUCUGAAAGCAGUGAAGAGGAGGAGGAAGAUGGGGAGAGCGAAACACAAGAUGGGACAGUGUCUGUCAGUGACAUCCCAAGACUUAUACCAACAGGAAUUCCAGGAAACAAUGAGGCCUACAACCUAGGAAUGGUGUCAAGCCAUGGCCUAGAGCCAUCCCAUACGGAUACAUUUAGCAGUAUUUCAAGAGAAGGGACUUUAAUGAUAAGGGAGACAACUGGGGACAAAAAACGCUCUGGCCACACAGCCAGCAAUGGCUUUGCUGGCCACGUCAACCUUCCAGAUUUGGUACAACAAAGUCACUCUCCUGCGGGCACACCGACCGAAGGCCUGGGCCGAGUCUCCACCCAUGGUCAAGAGAUGGACUCUGUGACUGAAUAUGGCAUGGGAAGCAGCACGAAAGCAUCUUUUGCCCCAUUUGUGGACACCAGAGUGUAUCAGACUUCCCCUAUAGAUGAAGAUGAGGAUGAGGAUGAGGAGUCAUCUGCUACAGCAUUGUUUACUAGCGAGCUGCUGAGGCAAGAACAGGCCAAACUUAACGAAGCAAGAAAAAUUUCAGUAGUCAACGUGAAUCCCACCAACAUUCGUCCUCAUAGUGACACACCAGAGAUCCGAAAGUACAAGAAACGCUUCAAUUCAGAAAUUCUUUGUGCUGCUCUCUGGGGUGUCAACCUACUGGUGGGAACAGAGAAUGGACUUAUGCUGCUGGAUCGGAGUGGACAAGGGAAGGUGUACAAUCUAAUCAACAGGAGGCGGUUCCAACAGAUGGAUGUGCUAGAAGGACUCAAUGUCCUUGUAACUAUCUCAGGAAAGAAGAACAAACUACGAGUUUAUUAUCUUUCAUGGUUAAGGAACAGAAUAUUACACAAUGACCCAGAGGUAGAAAAGAAGCAAGGUUGGAUCACUGUUGGAGAUCUAGAAGGCUGCAUACAUUAUAAAGUCGUGAAAUAUGAGAGAAUCAAGUUCUUGGUGAUUGCCUUAAAGAAUGCUGUAGAAAUAUAUGCUUGGGCUCCUAAACCAUAUCACAAGUUCAUGGCAUUUAAGUCUUUUGCAGAUCUCCAGCACAAACCAUUGCUUGUUGACCUCACCGUAGAAGAAGGGCAGCGGUUAAAGGUCAUCUUUGGCUCGCACACUGGCUUCCAUGUUAUUGAUGUGGAUUCGGGGAAUUCUUAUGAUAUCUAUAUACCAUCUCAUAUUCAGGGCAAUAUCACGCCUCACGCCAUUGUCAUCUUGCCCAAAACGGAUGGAAUGGAGAUGCUUGUGUGCUAUGAGGAUGAAGGGGUAUACGUUAAUACCUAUGGACGCAUAACAAAAGACGUGGUACUCCAGUGGGGAGAAAUGCCCACUUCAGUGGCCUACAUCCACUCAAAUCAAAUAAUGGGCUGGGGUGAGAAAGCUAUCGAGAUACGUUCAGUGGAGACAGGACAUUUGGAUGGUGUAUUUAUGCACAAGCGUGCUCAGCGGUUAAAAUUUCUAUGUGAAAGAAAUGAUAAGGUAUUUUUUGCAUCAGUGAGAUCCGGAGGAAGUAGCCAAGUUUUUUUCAUGACCCUCAACAGAAAUUCCAUGAUGAACUGGUAACAAAAGGGCACUCAGUGCUUACGUGGAUUCAUAUAUUUUUUAAUGUUAAUCAACAUUGGAACCUGUGGACAGAUGCUGUAGAAACAGGUGGAGAAGAUAUUGUGGAACAUGUUGCUUCCUUCUGUGAACACACUCACACUCACACAGACACACUCCAAGAAUACGACACACAUUUCCUGUUGUGGUUUAGGAAUGGAGUAUAAUCAAGAUCACAAGAAUGCAACACUGUAUUUGGGCAGAAAUGGACAAGGCCACAAGAGAUUUAGCAGAAUAAAUCUCUUUGAGGUCAUAAGAUUAAGCUGUGAUAGAGUCGGUUAUACAGUUUUUUGGGUUUUUAAAAGAAUUUCCUUUUUCCUUGUCCCUCUCUUUGUACGAAUGGGGACAGAUCUAAGUGUCAAACAAAGUCUCUGUUUUUAAUUUUGUCUGCCUGCUAGCAUUGACUAUAUAGUAUGUUGUAAGGUUACCAAUUAAAACUGGUGAGAGACAGCACAA